CGAUAUCUUCGAAAAACUUAAAACGAUUUCUGUAAUCUGCGUGAUUUAUAAUCAUUUGUUUUUGAAAGCAUGUUACCUUAAUUCUCAAUUGGAAGGUGUUUAGUUUGUCAGCGGGGAUAGGCCACUUGCUAUGAUUUCGCCGGUACUUAUUAGUUAGCUUGCUAAGCUAACGUUAACCUUUGCUUUAAACGCUCCCCUAACUGGAGUUUCUGAAACGAGCGCUAUCUCGUUGUAAACUUUAAUGAUAAAAUAUGAAUUGACUCUCGGAAGCUUGCCAGGUAUUUAUUUCCUUUAUUACCUACAAGUUUAGAGCUAAUUUGUAGUUUUGUCGAGAACAUCGUCAACAUGACACUCGCUCCGAAAGAGCUCUCCAACCUAUUGGGCAUCAUAUCGGAGGAGGCUUGCACCAACACGUUUGAGAGCCUCUCCACCGCUUUCCACCAUUACUUCGGAAAAGCCGAGCAUUUUCGGGUGGGCUCGGUCUUGGUGAUGCUCCUCCAACAGCCGGAUCUGUUGCCCAGCUCUCCUCAGAGGCUCACCGCCCUCUACCUCCUCUGGGAGAUGUACCGGACGGAGCCGCUGGCAGCAAACCCCUUCGCCGCUAUCUUCGCCCACCUUCUGAACCCCUCGCCUGUCGGAGAGGAACAAGAGAAAGUACUGUCUGGUAAAUCGGAGAGAGAGAGAGACAGGACGAGCGAAAAUGUGUGGUUCCUGCCUCCCAUCACCCAGCCAGAGAAAUUCUUCCUCUCCCAGUUGAUGCUGGCUCCACCCAGGGAGCUCUUCAAGAAGACUCCAAGACAGGUGUCCUGCAUGGACAUCGGCAAUAUGCCCCAGUCUAUAGACAUCAGUGGAUUACAGCUAGCCUUGGCAGAACGCCAGUCAGAGCUGCCCACGCAGAGCAAAGCCAGUUUUCCCAGCAUCCUGAAUGACCCAGAUCCUGAUUCGUCCAACUCUGGCUUUGACAGUUCAGUGGCCAAUCAGAUCACAGAGUCUCUGGUCACAGGGCCCCGCCCUCCACUGGAGAGCCACUUCCGUCCAGAGUUCAUCCGGCCUCCCCCUCCUCUGCACGUCUGUGAAGACGAGCUGGCAUGGCUGAAUCCUACCGAGCCGGACCACAGCAUCCAGUGGGACCGCUCCAUGUGCGUGAAGAACAGCACUGGCAUGGAGAUCAAGCGCAUCAUGUCCAAGGCUUUCAAGAGCCCGCUGUCAGCCCAGCAGCAGUCUCAGCUCCUGGGCGAGCUGGAGAAGGACCCAAAGUUGGUGUACCACAUCGGCCUGUCCCCGGCCAAGCUGCCCGACUUGGUAGAGAACAACCCACUGGUGGCCAUCGAGAUGCUGUUGAAGUUGAUGCAGAGCAGCCAGAUCACAGAGUACUUCUCUGUGCUGGUCAACAUGGACAUGUCCCUGCACUCCAUGGAGGUGGUCAACAGGUUGACUACAGCUGUUGACCUCCCUCCAGAGUUCAUCCACCUAUACAUCUCCAAUUGCAUCUCUACCUGUGAGCAGAUCAAAGACAAAUACAUGCAGAAUCGUCUGGUUCGCCUGGUCUGUGUUUUCCUCCAGUCGUUGAUUCGCAACAAGAUCAUCAAUGUGCAGGAUCUUUUCAUCGAGGUCCAGGCCUUUUGCAUCGAGUUCAGCCGAAUCCGUGAGGCUGCUGGCCUCUUCCGCCUCCUUAAGACUCUGGACACUGGGGAAAACCCAGCUGAGGCUAAACCUGCCAAAUAAUGCUCUCCCAACAGAGACACUGUAGAGAUGGCACAAGGGACCUGUGUUGACAAAUAAUGCUACCAACAUCACCACCACCUCUAAGGGGAAAGUUCUUAUAGGCCUCAUAAGUGGCUACCCUCCAGCAACAUGGUUGGCUAUAGACAUUGCAUUGACAGAACCAUUUAGUCAUUGCACCAAGCAAAAAAAAAAAUCACCUUUUUGUGAAACUUGCAAAGCCGAUAAGCAUUAGGUUCCGUGUUAAAUAACAUCUGUUUUUAGAUCUUGAUGCUUUCAACACAACCUGCCUGGACCCCUCAAAUGAACCCCCCCCCCCUUCUCUCUUUAAUGGAAGAAAGAUGGACUCAUUUUAGAGAAGACCUUUUCUUGAAAUCUGUGUUUUUUCAUUUGGAAAUGCUUGUGAAGUUUUGUUUCAUUAAACAAAGACUGUUGAAGUGAUGACACACAGGAGUGUUUUUGGGCUCCAUGUACGUAUAUUAUUGUGAAGGGACAAUAGCAACUGCUUGGUUUUAAUAGUGUUUUUUAUGGCCUUAUAGAGAUGUGAAUUCAUUUUUCCAUUGUCUACCAGCAACCUAAUGCUUAACAUGAUGCCUAACAACAUCAAGCAAAGGGACUGCCGAUGGAAACUAGCCUAUAAGCUAACUCGGUACAUUGCAUUUGUUUUAAAUGUUGAUUAAUGUAUAUUGUCCCUUUCCAAAUAAACGU